GUUAAGGAAUCUUGUCACUAGAUGCUGCCACUGUUGUAGGUAAAUCUUGUUCCUUUUCAGCGACAAACAUGGCGGUUAGCAAGGCACCCACUUUUCUCUCCCAACUCCGCGUGACUCUGGGCCGUAUGGCGUACAACGCCUCUGGUUUCAAUAAGUAUGGACUGAUGCAUGAUGAUUUGCUGUACGAAACUCCUGACGUUGAAGAAGCUAUUCGACGCCUGCCAACUAAGCUGGUUGAUGAACGGAACUACAGAAUUAUGAGAGCCCUUCAGUAUUCUGGUCUGAAGAAAUACUUGCCCAAGAAUGAAUGGACUAAGUAUGAUGAGGAUGUUCGUUACCUCCAACCCUACCUUGAAGAGGUUGUUCGUGAAAGAAAAGAAAAAGAAUCUUGGGAGAAAAUGUUUUGAUCCUGUUCUAAUAUCAAAACUAUGUGUUUAGUACUGUAAUAUAUGCUGAAUUUGUUGGGAAAUACAAAUAUUAGGUCAAUA